AUGGAGAAGGGUAUGAUGAUGGCGACUCUGCUUAUAGCGGCGAUGGGCGUCGAUGAGGACUUCAAUUGCGCCAAUUUUAUACUGACUGCCGAAGACACUGACCGACUGGAGGCCGACGUACGCGCACGCAGACUGUCGCACACGGACGGCUUUUUCUUCGGCGUGAGGAUUAGUGAAGAAGAGGAAGACGACCUCCUGUUCAUCACCAAGGCACGUGAAGCACUAGCGGCAGGACUUAGCUCCACUUCGCGCCGAUUCCAGUCGACGUGGGUUACUCGUCCACGGGUUGGAUCCUCCAUUGCUUCAAAAUCAAAAUCAAAGAAAAAGGCUCUUGCCAACGAAAUAGUCCGAAGUGCUGUAGAAGGCCCCAUAUACCAGACAAGGGUGCAACUGAGAGCGGCGUUGUAG